AGGGGGAAGGGGCGCAGGAAUCAGCGGCCCUGCUGCAAGGGCGUGAACGGUACCGGGCAGGGGCGGCCCCAGGAAGGAGGGGCCCCGGCCAGAACAGCCAGCAUGCCCGCCACGGGAGGGGACCCCAAGGAAGAGGAUUAUUCCACAGCCAUCCUACGUCAGAAACAUCGUCCCAACCGCCUCAUUGUGGAUGAAGCAGCCAAUGAGGACAACAGCAUUGUGAGCCUGUCUCAGGUCAAAAUGGAGGAACUGCACUUAUUCCGGGGGGACACAGUGCUGCUGAAGGGAAAGAAACGGCGGGAGACUGUGUGCAUCGUCCUGACAGAUGACUCCUGCCAGAAUGAGAAGAUUCGCAUGAACCGCGUCAUCCGCAACAACCUCCGUGUGCGUCUUGGAGAUGUGGUCAGUGUGCAGGCCUGCCCAGACGUGAAGUAUGGAAAGCGGAUCCACGUCCUGCCCAUCGACGACACAAUUGCAGGCUUGACUGGGAACCUCUUCGAAGUUUACCUCAAACCGUACUUUCUGGAGGCCUAUCGACCUGUCCACAAAGGCGACAUUUUCCUUGUGCGUGGUGGGAUGAGAGCUGUGGAGUUUAAGGUGGUCGAGGUGGAUCCCAGUCCCCACUGCAUCGUCGCUCCUGACACCAUUAUCCACUGUGAGGGAGAGCCCAUCAAACGAGAGGACGAAGAGGAGAGCCUCAAUGACGUUGGCUAUGAUGACAUUGGGGGCUGCCGUAAACAGCUGGCUCAGAUCAAGGAGAUGGUAGAGCUGCCACUGAGACACCCAGCGCUCUUCAAAGCUAUUGGUGUGAAGCCUCCACGAGGGAUUCUUCUUUAUGGUCCCCCUGGUACUGGGAAAACACUUGUGGCUCGUGCAGUUGCAAAUGAAACUGGAGCCUUUUUCUUCCUUAUUAACGGCCCAGAGAUCAUGAGCAAACUGGCUGGGGAAUCUGAGAGCAAUUUGCGCAAAGCCUUUGAAGAAGCGGAGAAGAACGCUCCAGCCAUCAUCUUUAUUGACGAGCUGGAUGCCAUUGCUCCGAAGAGGGAGAAGACACACGGAGAAGUGGAACGCCGCAUCGUCUCUCAGCUGCUCACACUCAUGGACGGCCUGAAGCAGCGCUCUCAUGUUGUAGUCAUGGCUGCUACCAAUCGACCCAAUAGUAUCGAUCCUGCUCUGCGCCGGUUCGGGCGCUUUGACCGGGAAAUUGACAUUGGGAUCCCAGAUUCAGUGGGAAGGCUGGAAAUCUUGCAGAUACACACCAAGAACAUGAAACUGGCUGAUGAUGUGGACCUGGAGAGGGUGGCCAAUGAGACACACGGUCAUGUGGGUGCUGAUCUGGCAGCGUUGUGUUCUGAGGCGGCCCUCCAGGCAAUCCGCAAGAAAAUGAGUGUCAUCGACCUGGAGGACGACACAAUUGAUGCCGACAUCCUCAACUCCAUGGCUGUCACCAUGGACGACUUCCAGUGGGCCCUUGGCCAGAGCAACCCCUCAGCCCUGCGUGAGACUGUAGUGGAGGUGCCGCAGGUCAGCUGGGAUGACAUUGGAGGCCUGCAGGAAGUCAAACGUGAGCUACAGGAGCUUGUGCAGUUCCCAGUGGAGUAUCCUGACAAGUUCCUGAAGUUUGGGAUGACGCCAUCCCGAGGUGUGCUGUUCUACGGACCGCCUGGCUGUGGCAAGACCCUACUGGCCAAGGCCAUUGCCAACGAAUGCCAGGCCAACUUUGUCUCCAUCAAAGGCCCUGAGCUACUCACCAUGUGGUUCGGAGAGAGCGAGGCCAACGUCCGUGAUGUUUUUGACAAGGCCCGGCAAGCUGCUCCCUGCAUCCUGUUUUUUGAUGAGCUGGACUCCAUUGCCAAGUCCCGGGGUGGUGGUGCAGGGGAUGGUGGAGGCGCAGCUGACCGUGUCAUCAACCAGAUCCUCACAGAAAUGGACGGCAUGACCAACAAGAAGACUGUUUUCAUCAUAGGUGCCACCAACAGACCAGACAUCAUCGACCCAGCCAUCCUACGUCCGGGGCGCCUGGACCAGCUCAUCUACAUCCCCUUGCCUGAUGAUAAGUCCCGUGUAGCUAUCCUCCAAGCUAACUUGAGAAAGUCGCCUGUCGCCAAGGACGUGGACUUGAACUACCUAGCUAAGAUCACACACGGCUUUUCGGGAGCUGACCUCACUGAAAUCUGCCAGCGGGCCUGCAAGCUUGCCAUCCGCGAGGCCAUUGAGAUGGAGAUCAAAGCAGAACGGGAACGCCAGCGCCAGAAAUAUGCAGCCAUGGAUGAUGAUUAUGACCCAGUGCCGGAGAUCCGACGGGAUCACUUUGAGGAAGCAAUGCGCUUUGCACGCCGUUCAGUCAGCGAUAAUGACAUCCGCAAAUAUGAGAUGUUUGCCCAGACUUUACAGCAAAGCCGUGGCUUUGGCAAUUUCAGGUUUCCAUCUGGAAAGCAGAGCGGCAGUGGAGGAGGAGGAGGAGGCGGCAGCGGCAGUGGCAACGGAAGCAGCAGUGGCCAAGGAAGCCUCUUCCAGGAGGAAGGCGAUGAUGAUCUCUACAACUGAUUGCCUGGGAAACGGCCACAUUUGCUGAGGUUGUUGGCCCUGUAUGCUCAUAGUUAUUGUGCUCUUUAAUGUAAGGAUUGGUGCUUGAGGCCCCUCACCCCUGUAUGCAGAAUCUGAGCUACUCAAGACAACACACCUCAUGCCUAAUUGUGACAGGUGAAGCCAGGUGCCUCCUCCAAUUGUUUUGUCUGGUUUGGCCCCCGACGGAAAUCUCACGGCCUGCAUAGCUGUCAGAUGUUAAAGCAGUACCUAUGGCAGUCAGCAGGUGGAGCCAAAGCCUAAGCAGCUCUCAGAAGAAUUUUUAAGCCGUGCCCCUCUGGAUCAGACCAAAGGCAUCUACUCCAGCAUUCUGCUUGCAACAACCGCCAGCCAGCAGCCUAUCAAAGCUCAGGAGCAGGCUGGAAAGCUGCCCAUAUAUUGCCCCCUCCCUCACCCCCCACCCCGUGUCUCAUCUCAAACCGUUCCAAGCUGGUGCCUGUUCCUUGCAGUGUUUGUAUUCCGAUGGCUUCCAGUUUAUAAUCCAGGUAACUGGAGGAUCUGAAUGCUCCCAUCUCCCCUUCCUGGUUGGGCCCAGCUGUCUCCCAGCAGCCCUGUCUAUCCCAUAACAAAGUCAGCUUUUGAAGCCUGCUUUAUUCACGAGGUCAAAGAUCUCCGGUUUGUAUUAUCAGGUGACACAGACUUCUGGGUAACCAAUAAACUGAAAUUGCAUGGCAA